AUCUUUCGCCAUUGAAUACUUUACCAAGCAAAAGAUCUAAUAAACAAUUACUGUUCGGAUUCAGACAGUACGAUACCCCCUUUUCCCUCCAAUCAUUCUCCAUUGUGUGUGCUUUCUCUCUCUGGAAUUGUUCUGUUUCUCUCUCUAACCCACUCCACUGGUGUUACGGCGGGAGACGAGGAAGUGAAAGAGUAGAAGAAAACAAUUCCCCUGCUUCUACGAAACUGUUUGAGGGUUUUGUGUUUCUUUUAGCAGUCUUGUUCAUGAGGUACUAUCUUUCGUCUCUCCCUGUAAGCUUUUCGGGAAUUUGUCACUAAUUGAGGUUUUUGCAUGUGGUGGAGUGGAAAGUCGUCAAUUUCAACUGGGUUGCAUGAAUUAUUAAUUUUUGUUUUCGUGAUUUGGGGAUUUAAUAAUUUUUGGCGAUUUUCUGUUCUGGGCUUCAAUUGUACUGUGCGGAGUUGAUCUUUAUGCCCUUGUAGUUGCUUCAAUUGAUUUGUUAAUUGAGCUAUCAAGAGCCGUCAUCAUAGGUUGCCAGUUAGUUGUUUUUGCACGAAGUGAUUUCAAUGGAGCAAUCAAAAAAUCCUUUUACUGGUCCUACUAAAGCCCCUUCCCUGAGUAUUUCCGAUAAAGAAAAAAGUGCAUGGAAACUUCCGAAUGAUACCAGUGCAUAUCAUGCAUCUACUGAUGCUAGUCUGUUUUCUACCUCUUUGCCUGUCUUCCCGCACGUGAAAUUUAAUUUUAAUGAAUCUGAACGAGUCAGAUCCAUCGAUCAUGGCUUCCCUAACCUUACUAAAGGUCGUGUAGCGGAUGAAGUUAAGGAUCCGCUUGAAGAUACUGAACCAAAUACCAUGGGAAACCUUCUUCCUGGUGACGAAGACGAACUUUUUGCUGGCCUAAUGGAUGAUUUUGAUCUUAGUGGGUUGCCGACUCAACUUGAGGAAUUAGAUGACGAUUUUUUUGGAAGCGGAGGGGGUCUGGAAAUAGAAUCCGAAAGUCAUGAGAGUCUAGUUAAUGGUAUUUCAAGGUUAAGCACGUCGGAUGGAAUUAGUGGAAGCACCAUUUCUCAUUAUGGUUUCACAAAUGGUGUUGCAGCUGUCAGUGGGGAACACCCAUAUGGAGAGCACCCGUCAAGGACGUUAUUUGUUCGCAAUAUCAACAGUAAUGUCGAGGACUCCGAGCUUAAGUCUCUCUUUGAGCAAUUUGGAGAUAUCAGAACUCUUUACACUGCAUGUAAACACAGGGGAUUUGUGAUGAUAUCUUACUAUGAUAUCAGAGCUGCCCGAACUGCAAUGCGCGCACUACAGAGCAAGCCCUUGAGACGAAGAAAACUCGAUAUUCAUUUUUCAAUUCCUAAGGAUAACCCAUCGGAAAAGGAUGUUAACCAAGGCACUUUGGUGGUGUUCAAUUUGGAUGCAUCUGUAUCCAAUGAUGACCUUCGCCAAAUAUUCGGAGCUUAUGGCGAAGUUAAGGAGAUAAGGGAGACACCUCAUAAACGGCACCAUAAAUUCAUCGAGUUUUAUGAUGUUCGAGCUGCAGAUGCGGCUCUUAAGGCUUUAAAUAGAAGUGAUAUAGCUGGAAAACGCAUAAAGCUUGAGCCUAGUAGGCCUGGUGGAGCCCGUCGGAGCUUAAUGCAGCAGCUUAGUCAGGAGCAGGAGCAAGAUGAAGCUCGAGCUUUUCUUCACCAAGUCGGUUCUCCAUUAGCUGAUUCUCCUCCAGGUAGCUGGACCAAUUACGGCAGUCCAGUCGAGCGCAAUUCACUGCAUGGUUAUAGUUCAACACCAAAGUUGGGAAGUCUGAGUCCUGUGGGAAACAACCACUUAACAGGCUUGGCUUCUAUUCUUCCGUCUCAUGCAUCAAAUCCCGUGAAAAUUGCACCCAUCGGUAAAGAUCCGGGAAGGAUGACCCACCCAAACCAGGUCGUCAGCAAGGCUAACAACACCCAAGGAGUGGCUUUUCAGAAUCAUUAUUCGAUUCCUGAUCCAAACUUAAGUUCCAGUCCCGGGCCCGUCUCACCGUUUGAUUAUUCCAAGCCGUCUAGCGUUGGGACGCUUUCUGGUCCUCAGUUUCUUUGGGGAAGUCCCUCUGUCCAGUCCGAGCAUGCUAAUUCGUCGGCAUGGUCAUCUUCGUUGAAGGCCCAUCCUUUUCCAUCCGGUGGUCAGGGAAUCGGUUUCCCCUAUGCCAGUCAGCGUGGCUCGUUUCUCGGGUCACAUCACCACGUUGGAUCUGCUCCAUCUGGUAUUCAAUUGGAAAGGCAUCUUGGCUUUUUCCCCGACUCUCCGGAAACUUCGUACAUAAACCAGGCAGCAUUUGGAGUAACGAAUUUCAGCCGCAAUGGUGGGAACCAUGCUGUGAAUGUUGGUGUCCCGGGCGCUGUGAAUAUGGGAGUCGCUUUCGCCGGUAACUACACUGAUAGUGGCUCUCCUAGUUCCAGAAUGAUGUCGAUGGUGAGAAACGGUCCUAUAUAUUACGGGAAUGGUUCUUUCGGAACCGCCAGCAAUGACGGAAUGAUUGAUCGUGCUCGAAGUAGAAGGGUCGAGACCGGAGGCCAAAUGGACAACAAGAAGCAGUAUCAACUCGAUUUGGAGAAGAUUAUGAGCGGUGAAGAUAGCCGAACUACAUUGAUGAUCAAGAACAUACCAAACAAGUACACGUCGAAGAUGCUACUGGCUGCUAUCGAUGAAACCCACAAGGGCACGUAUGAUUUUCUCUAUUUACCAAUAGAUUUUAAGAAUAAAUGCAAUGUUGGGUAUGCCUUCAUCAAUAUGGUGUCGCCUUCACACAUCAUCACCUUCUAUGAGGCGUUCAAUGGGAAGAAAUGGGAAAAAUUUAAUAGUGAAAAGGUCGCUUCCUUGGCAUAUGCAAGAAUUCAGGGAAAGAUUGCUCUGGUUUCGCACUUUCAGAAUUCAAGUUUGAUGAACGAAGACAAGCGUUGCCGGCCCAUUGUUUUCCAAUCGGAGGGCCAAGGGACUGGUGAUCUGGAACCGUUCCCGUCUGGCAAUCUUAACAUCUUUAUCCGUCAGCCAGACGGAUCCUACUUAGGAGAUUCUCUGGACAGCCCGAAGGGCGAUCCAGACAUCUUCGGAAGCUGAAUCCGAGCUGUGAAGUAGCCAACUCCCAAUAAGAAUUCAGGGAAAUAACGCUCUAACUCUGUAUAUUUUUGCAUAUAAAACGUGUUUCUAUUUAUAGUUGAGGUCAAUUGUGCAUAUGACUACACUUGUACUAGGGCAGUGUCCUCUCUUUUUUGCGAUGGAUACUUGUUUUUUUUAUCUUAUGGAAGAAUAUAUUUAACGAGGCAACGCCACCAUUGUCUGUACGUAUUCCGGCAGCUGAAGGAAGACGAAGAAGCACCUGAGGAUAGGAUAGGCUCAUCGCUCUUGUUCAUCCUUAUACGUAUCGUCUCUUCCCCAUUUUUAGACUUUUAGCUUCCAUUUUUCUGGCUGCUUGAGUUUCGACUGAUUUGGUCGCUGUAUAGUAGUUUAGAGGUAUGUAGACAUGCUGCUGUUUCGAGCAAAUGUAUAGCAGAGCAGGGCUUCAACGCUUUUCUUGUUUCAUGUGGUCUAAUGCUAAUAAUGGAACCACGCUUUUAAAUCA